GAAUAGGUAAGAAAUCUACUCUCACUACAAAACUGCAGUACUGCAUAUCAAUACAGUACUCAAUGAGUACAGUAGUACAGUAUUACCUGUGGACUGUUCUGUAGGACAUUGUGUUUCGAGUAUUUGGGAAAUGUAUUCCUACACAGUAUUUACAGUAUUGCACUCUUUGUAUUGCAGAACUGAAAGAUUACCAACAAGAGGUGGACGGGGCCGUCUUCUGUCUCCUGAACAGGAAACCGAGAUCAUGAACAUGGUUCUUGAAAAUAACGGCAUUACCUUACGGCAAAUACAAAGAAAAAUAAUAGAAAACAAUGAGAUAUUUCAAAAUAUUGAUAGGGUAAGUUUAUCAACGCUGGACCGUGUCUUGCACAGAAAUAAACUGAGGAUGAAGCAGGUCUACAGGGUGCCAUUUGAGCGCAAUUCAGAAAGAGUCAAAGAAUUGCGAUAUAACUAUGUGCAAAGAGUCCUUGAGCUGGAGGUGGAUGCAGUGGAGCACCAGUUCAUCUUCAUUGAUGAGGUUGGAUUCAACCUCACAAAAAGACGAAGGAGGGGAAGGAAUAUAAUCGGCCAACGUGCCAUUGUUGAAGUCCCUGGCCAGCGCGGAGGGAACAUCACAAUGUGUGCAGCGAUGACCCACCAUGGCAUCAUCCAUCACCAUGCUACCCUUGGCCCCUACAACACUGCCCAUCUGAUCACAUUCCUGGACACCCUACACAACACACUCAUUCCACCAGAUCAGAUAGACGGCCCAGAGCAGCUCAGGUACGUUGUCAUUUGGGACAACGUAAGCUUCCACCGGGCUGCUCUGGUUCAUAACUGGUUCACUGACCACCCACGCUUUUCAGUUGUUUAUCUCCCUCCAUAUUCUCCAUUCCUCAAUCCUAUUGAGGAUUUUUUUUCUGCCUGGAGAUGGAAAGUGUACGGCCUAAAUUCAGACCCCUUUUCCAAGCUAUGGAAGACGCAUGUGGAGAUAAAGCAGUUGAUGCUUUUCAUGGCUGGAUUCGCCAUGCUAAGCGAUAUUUCCCCCGCUGCUUGGCCAGGGAAAACAUUGCUUGUGAUGUAG